CCGUGGAGGGCGGAGGGUGGUGGCAGCGCUGGCGCUGGAGACCGGCUCGGUGGCUUCGGCAAACAGUUUGGCGCCGGCGGCCGCCAGCCUCACUCCACAGCCCGCCCUCGACACGGCUCGCAGCCUCCUCGCCGCCGGCAGCCCGCAAUGUGGCCCACCGUGCGGGUGUAGCAGCUGCGCGUGCGCGGAACCGCGGGGCCAUGAGCGAAGCCGGCGGCCGCCGGGGCUGUGGGUGCCGGGUCCCCCAGCGAGCGUCAUGGAGCCUGGUGGCAGUGUCGGCCGCGCUCUGUCUGAUGUUGGCCACGUCCGUGUGCACGGCAGGAGCCGCACCCAUGAGUAGGGAAGAGAAGCAGAAGCUUGGAAAUCAAGUCUUGGAAAUGUUUGAUCAUGCUUAUGGCAACUAUAUGGAACAUGCCUACCCAGCUGAUGAACUCAUGCCUUUAACCUGUCGAGGCCGUGUCAGAGGCCAGGAGCCAAGCCGGGGUGACGUGGAUGAUGCCCUGGGAAAGUUUUCCCUAACACUGAUCGAUUCUUUGGACACUCUUGUGGUAUUAAACAAAACUAAGGAAUUUGAAGAUGCAGUGAGAAAAGUUUUAAGGGAUGUUAAUUUAGAUAAUGAUGUAGUUGUUUCAGUCUUUGAAACAAACAUCAGAGUUCUUGGGGGUCUUUUGGGUGGCCACUCGCUGGCCAUCAUGCUGAAGGAAAAAGGUGAACACAUGCAGUGGUACAAUGACGAGCUUCUCCAGAUGGCUAAGCAGCUGGGUUACAAGCUCCUACCCGCUUUCAACACUACCAGUGGCCUUCCGUAUCCCAGGAUUAAUUUAAAGUUUGGCAUCAGAAAACCAGAAGCCCGGACGGGAACUGAGACAGACACCUGUACGGCUUGUGCGGGCACCUUGAUUCUCGAGUUUGCUGCCUUGAGUCGGUUCACAGGAGCCUCCAUAUUUGAGGAAUAUGCAAGAAAAGCUCUUGAUUUUCUCUGGGAAAAAAGACAGCGAAGUAGCAAUUUAGUAGGUGUGACUAUCAAUAUUCAUACUGGAGACUGGGUGCGCAAAGAUAGUGGAGUUGGAGCAGGGAUCGACUCCUAUUAUGAGUAUCUGUUGAAAGCCUAUGUCUUGCUUGGAGAUGACAGUUUUCUGGAAAGAUUUAAUACACAUUAUGAUGCCAUAAUGAGGUAUAUUAGCCAGCCACCUCUCCUACUUGAUGUGCAUAUCCACAAACCAAUGCUGAAUGCUCGGACCUGGAUGGAUGCAUUGCUUGCCUUUUUUCCAGGUUUGCAGGUUUUAAAGGGUGAUAUUAGACCUGCUAUUGAAACUCAUGAAAUGUUAUACCAGGUGAUUAAAAAACACAAUUUUCUACCAGAGGCAUUUACUACAGAUUUCAGGGUCCAUUGGGCCCAGCAUCCGUUAAGGCCAGAGUUCGCAGAAAGUACCUACUUCUUAUAUAAGGCUACAGGAGACCCUUACUACCUUGAAGUAGGGAAAACACUCAUUGAAAAUCUGAACAAGUAUGCUCGAGUGCCUUGCGGGUUUGCGGCCAUGAAGGAUGUUCGCACCGGGAGCCAUGAGGACAGAAUGGAUUCAUUCUUCUUGGCUGAAAUGUUUAAAUAUCUGUACCUGUUAUUUGCUGAUAAAGAGGACAUUAUUUUUGACAUAGAAGACUAUAUCUUUACAACAGAAGCUCAUCUGUUACCUCUUUGGCUGUCUACCACAAACCGAAGCGUCUCGAAGAAGAACACAACCUCAGAAUACACAGAACUGGAUGAUAGUAAUUUUGACUGGACUUGUCCAAACACUCAGAUUCUUUUUCCUAAUGAUCCAUUGUAUGCUCAGAGCAUCCGUGAACCCUUGAAAAAUGUGGUGGAUAAGAGCUGUCCAAGAGGCAUCAUCAGAGUAGAGGAGAGUUUCAGAAGUGGAGCUAAGCCUCCUCUGAGAGCCAGAGAUUUUAUGGCCACUAACCCUGAACAUUUAGAAAUCCUGAAGAAGAUGGGGGUGAGUUUGAUUCACCUCAAAGAUGGGCGAGUCCAGCUGGUCCAACAUGCAGUCCAAGCUGCUAGUUCAAUUGAUGCUGAAGAUGGGUUGCGGUUCAUGCAGGAGAUGAUAGAGCUGUCCAGUCAGCAACAGAAGGAGCAGCAGCUGCCUCCUCGAGCUGUCCAGAUUAUCUCUCACCCGUUUUUUGGCAGGGUAGUCUUAACUGCUGGACCAGCUCAGUUUGGGCUGGAUCUAUCUAAACACAAAGAGACAAGAGGAUUUGUUGCAAGCAGUAAGCCAUAUAAUGGUUGUUCAGAGCUCACUAACCCUGAGGCAGUGAUGGGAAAAAUUGCCUUGAUACAAAGAGGACAGUGCAUGUUUGCAGAAAAGGCACGCAACAUCCAGAAUGCUGGCGCCAUUGGCGGCAUUGUAAUUGAUGAUAACGAGGGGAGCAGCAGUGACACAGCCCCCCUGUUCCAGAUGGCCGGCGAUGGGAAGGACACGGAUGACAUAAAGAUCCCUAUGCUGUUCCUGUUCAGCAAGGAAGGAAGCAUCAUCCUGGACGCCAUCCGUGAGCACGAGCAGGUGGAGGUGCUCCUUUCUGACAAAGCGAGAGACCGAGCAGCCAUAUUAAAAGGUAAAAUGAGUCCAAGCUACAAUAUUAACAGUAAUCCUGAGAUGGAAAAUGAAGACCAGCCGUCUUCUGAAAAUGAUUCUCAGAAUCAAAGUGCAGAGCAGAUGGCAUCACUUCCCCAGACAAUUGACCUGGCUGAUCAGGAGACCCCUGAAAACUCUCUAGACUCUCACUCAGAGUCAUCAUCUCUAGGAGACAGCGAAGAAGCUGCCAGCUUCACCUCUUCUGAACAGAUACCUAGUUCUACAGAAAACCUUGAGACUACAAGUCUUGAUGGUGAAUGUACAGACUUAGAUAACCAACUUCAAGAACAAUCAGAAACGGAAGAAGAUUCCAGUCCUAAUGUCAGCUGGGGUACAAAGGCCCAGCCUAUAGACUCCAUAUUAGCAGACUGGAAUGAAGAUAUAGAAGCCUUUGAAAUGAUGGAGAAGGACGAACUAUGACUCUCUGAAAAGACUCUGGCGGUAGAUAUUUAACAAGAAGAGGUAAACUGUGAUUGUCAACACCCUGUACCAAGCAGGCUCUCCUUGGAGGCUCUGAGCAUUGCUCAAGCACGUUCUGACUGGGGUAAGUGGUUACCAUAGGAAUCUGGAGCAUGCUGUGUUAGAGCUGACCUCACUGAAACUGUCCUGUCCAAAGUGGAAACUCACAACCCCUCUUAUGGUGGUAUCACAUAACCUGCAGCUCCCAGGCCAGGGAAAGAUGACUGGCCAUUCCUGGGUAGACAAGAAACAAAUUCAGCUAAUGGAAAGUGGGAACAAGAAUCAGUGCAGCUUUCUAAUUGGAGAAAGCUUCACUGCCUUGGGUUUGAGGUUAGAGCCCUUUGGGGAAGAUUUGAAUGAGUAUUGUGGCACUGUGGCUUUGCUACCCUCACAGGAACACACUAAGUGACCUACAGGUUAUGAAGCAGAUGCAUUCAUGGUAACAACAGUUUCUGCUCAUCGCUCUUACCUGCUUCAAUCAGUGACAAUGGCCAAGGCGACUUGAUUUCUUUUCCUCUCCCAACAAUGACCUUACCAUUUAAACCAAAGGUGAAGCCACUUUUUCCAUAGGUCUCCAUAAAGGCCUACUAUGGGGCCAGGAAGAGGGUCCUAUAGAUAGUGUGGAAAUUGGUUGCUUAAUGCUCGGGGUAAAUAGAGAAGAAGAAACUGUAGUGUUGCAAUAUCAACUUCCCAUUGGACUGUCCUGGGGGAAGCUAUGACUACUCUAAAUGGGACUCAGCAUUAGAUCCUUGUGGGGUAGAUUUUUUCCUAGUUCAUUUCUCUUAAGGUGGUUACUCUAGCCAUCAGCCUUACUCCAUCCCAUGUUAGUAUGCAGUUGAGAGCGCAGGCUCAUCUCCAAGCGCUGUCCCAGUUGCCUGUCUGUAGAGCCAUGAGAAACCAUGGUAGAGGUCUGUAACCCCGGGUGACUACUGUCUUUCUCCUUUGAAGCUGGAGUCUGUCACAUUUUCUGUUAAAUCAUGGAUUUAGGUUUGUUUAGUUUUGCUUUAACAAAUAAUCCUCCUUCUGAUGUGAACUUGAAAAUUAGUCUCUGGUGACCUGUGUAAAAAACUAUAUAGCCAUAUAAAUGAAAGAAAAAGAUUUUUUUCUUUCUUUUUCUUUUUCUUUUCUUCUCUUUUUUUUUUUCUUUUUUUUGUGUGGCAGUCUGGAGCUGGUCACAUUUAAUUAUUUUUUGUUUUGCUUAUUGAUAUUUCUACAUUGAAAUCAUGGUUUUAUUCAUUUUAUUUAUUUUUAAACUUGUUUUAAUUGCUUCUAAAGGAAUAUUUAAGGGACUUCAUUCCUUUUUUACCAUGGCAUUACAUAAUAACUUUUCUCUAAAACAUGGUUUUGAGGUACUGAAUGACUUAGACUCUCUGUGGAGCUAUGGAAGGCAGCACUGUGUGCUGUGGUCAUGUCUGUGUGUCCAGUGUGUCUUAGGUCCAGGGGAACGUGCUCUUUUAGAAGGGAGAAAUACCUGUUCUCAAAAGGUUCAACUAAACAGAAUCGGUCAGUGAGUAAUGAAGCUUAGAGAAUUCCCUGGGGACGGGGGAGUGGCCAGGCCUUUACAACUCGUAGUUAAACCUGACAGCAAAAAUGGGUAUUUUAUUCUCUCUGCAUGUGACGUUUGGUGCGAGAAGAUAGAACCGUAAUACAUAUAGAGUGUAGAGGAGGUAGAUGUGCUUCGGGUGAUUUCAUUGCCAAGCUGCCAAAUUAGCUGAGGCUUACUGACUUGACUUGAUUUACAGGACUGGGGCUUGGAGAGAGGGACGGCUGUUCCUGAGACUCUGAGUACAGAGCCUUCUAUGGAUUGAGUUUAUAUUUGUAGCUCAAAGCCAUUGUUGACUAAAUCAACUCUGCUAAGUUAUCAACGCUGCAUAUUUUCUCCCCUUGAGAACUUAAGUAUGAAGGGGAGCCCGUGACACACUAGGAAAAGCCAGCUGACUGCCACUUACCAUCCCUUUGGCCACUAGGAGGUGCUGUUGCCCUUCGUUAAGGCUUGGGUGCACCUAUUGAUUUGUUUAGAAAAACCAAACCCUUUAAAGAAAUAAAGACAUUUUCCUUACUAUCUAGAAGGAAUAAUACUCAGUUUCCCCUACUUAGGAAAGGAGGAAUUUGUUCAGCUUCAGAACACAACAUUCUAACUGAUUCUCCAUUUUCGUAUUUGACAUACUGCCACAAAGUAGUCUUUGAGUUCACUAGAAAAUUCCAACAGCAUAGAUUUUUUUUUUUAAAUGUUUUUUUUUUUCAUUGUUGUUGAUGUUGUUUGUUAAGAACCUUUCAUAGAUAUUUUAUUUACUUGCUGAAGAUUCAGGGAAUUCUGAGACCCUGAGUUUAGAAACAUCUGGUCUACCUCAGUUCAAUGUUGACUGCUUAGAAAUAGAGCUGAAAGGAUCACCACAGCCAUAAAACCGCUUGACUAAGAAAGAUUUAUAUAAUGUUUACAAACCUGGAAUCAAGUGAGGAGAAACCUGGAAGCUAAAGGUUAAACUGUUAGAGCAAGUAUUUAAUUCAGGUAUUUUCAAGUUUUAAAACUUGUUUACCAAGUAAAAUUAGAUAUUUUUUUUCUCACAUAAAAACUCCAUUGAAAUUAUAUGCCCUAAUUUGCAAUAUUUUCCCCAUAAAACUUAAAUGUAAAAGAACAGUAAUUUACUAGAUAUGUUUGGGGUGGGGUAUUUUUUUAGGUAGGUUUUCUUUUUUCUUUUUAACCUGUGUAAAAAGCUUCCAAAAAGAGUAUAAUGGUUUUAGAACAAAUUAUUUUGUAAUUUUACUUUUUCUUUUCAUUACAGUGUAGAUAUUUUUAAAUGAAAAAUUAUGCACUCUCUGACUUCAAUUUCACUGAUGUAAUUAUUUUCUCGGGAAUUCUUUUAGAUUUAAAUUACCAUCAUAUAAACCUUUCUUAGAGCAAAGCCAGCAUUUCUCUCACCAAACUCCAUGCCAGAUUCAUUAUAAAGAGAGCUCAGCCUGAGUAAUUCACAUAGUGCUUAUCAUUUUAGAGGGAGGUAGCAUUUAGUAACUAUCCCAGCUGGUUGUUUUGUGGACAAGGCUACAGUCAGAACAUAGAAAAAACAUUCUGUGAAUGAAACAUUGUAUGUUCAGAUUUUAUAAAAGACAUUUUUAAAAGCCCAAUUUACAGCCGUAUAUUUUCUUAUGAUGUAAUUUAUGAAAAAGCCGUCUGUACUAACAGGUGCUGUAACACUACUGUUGUUGGGUUUUAUUGUUUGGUGAUAAAUGUAUACAAUAUUUCUAAUGGAAACUAUGUACUGUGAUGUAAAAGUCUGGGCAAAAUGUAUAUAAUCCUUGUAUAUAAUUGUGUAUUUGAUUAUAUUACUGAUUGUAAAUUUAAUAAAACAUGUAAAUAUUCUGGUCUAGUUUUAAAUUUUGAAUUUUUAGAAUCAUUGUACAAAGAUCUAGAAUUUGGUGUCUUUGUUUUCCUUUUGUCUCUCUUUACCUCAGGGCAGUGAGUUUGCAGGUGUUUGGGAAUAGAAACCCAUGCAACCAUCAGUUCUAAAACUCAAAGAGUACCUAGUACAAACUAGAGUUUAAAAAAAGUCAUAAUUCUGUGUCACUGUUGGUAACAUUUGUGUCUUGAAUUUACUUAUAUUUAGUAAAAUUAUUUGCCCUCUUUUAAUAGU